AUGGUCAAGUUCCAUCCCAGAUCGAGCUCUUGGGGCUGUCGCCGGGGCACCUGGUUGCGCCGCUGUGGUUACCUCGCUUGCUUCAUCCUCGUCAUUCAGACCUAUGUAUUUUUAUCCAACCACCCAGAGGUGAGUCUCAAGCAGAUGACACAGGACUGUUUUCGAAGCCCUCGGGUGCUUCGACCUGGGCAAUAUCAUCAAGGGAUUGAGAUACCAUCUCCGGAAGAGGUGGUAGAUGGGGACUCGGCCGACUUGGUAGGAAUGGGAAUGGCUCAUGAUCGCAGAGAUCAGCGGUUUUUUCUCGGUGGUACUUCAACCUUGACCAGCAUCACCUCGGCCAACGCAUCCCAUCCAAUUCCAUUCAUCUACGAUCCUUAUCCCGCAUAUAAUGGUCGCGCAUGGAGGAGACAAUUUCACGGCAGCUUCAAGCCAUGCCUUGGUCCUCGGGGUCGUGAUCUGAGUCGCAAAUCGGUGGAAGACAUGAUGCAAGUCUACAAGGGCAAUCAGGCUGGAUUCCCAGAGCCUCGGUUUGGAUCUCACGAGGCUAUCGGCCUAGACGGGGCUGUUUGUGCAGAUCGUUACUCGCGCUUCGGAGCAUAUGGGUUUGAUGGAGAUGGCGAAGAUGAAGUGCCUGGUUUCACGCGCCCUCCCAAGGUGCCGUGGCACGAGGUGGACUGGAACUGGUUGCAGUAUCUUUGUCUGGAGAGAAAUGCUGACAGGUACGAGUCCAUAGCCACGGUCAACUCUAGUCAGCAGAACCCACUGGCCUUUGAUCUCCCGGAGGUUCCUCACAAGCAGUGGGAGCCAAUGGAGGUGGGCGUGAAGCAGUUCCAUCCCCGAUCUGCGGUUCUGAUCCGAGCAUGGAAUGGUCUCAACUGGAAAUCUCAUCAUCGAGAAUAUCUGCGGGCGUUGAUCAUGGAGCUGUCACUGCAUUCUGGAGGCGAGUAUCAAAUCUACGUCCUGAUUCACGUCAAAGACAACGAUAUGCCAAUAUUCUCCGACAGUAAGACCAUCAAGCGCUUGAGAGAGUCAAUCCCCGAGGAGUUCCGCAACAUGGCGUUGUUCUUCAAUAAUAAACUCUUGGAAGCGUGGUAUCCAAAGAUCGAAGAGCACGCUCCCCAGCUGCAACACCACCAGCCACUGCAGAUCUUCGCCCAGCUAUAUCCGCAUUUCGACUACUACUGGCAGCUUGAGAUGGAUGGCCGCCACACUGGACAUAGUUAUCAUUUCAUGAAUCGUGCUGUUUCAUUUGCAAGAGAGCAACCGCGGAAAUACCUCUGGGAACGCAACGCGUACUUCUACACGCCAGGCGCCCACGGCAACUGGAGCCAGUUCACAGAAAUGGUACACGAAAGCCUGGCCGACAGAUCAGAUAACACAAUCUGGGGACCAGUGAUAGGCACCGGCAUCCGGCCCCUGGGUCCAGACCCUCCAGUAUCACACCCAGACAAAGACAAUUACACCUGGGGGGUAGGCGAAGAAGCAGACUUCCUCACGUUCCUCCCGAUCUUCAACCCCAAAGACACAUCGUGGACGUUCCCGGACAAGAUCUGGAACUUCAAGUAUGGCGAGAAAACACCACGGCGCGCGGCAGUGAUCACAAUGGGGCGAUACUCGAAGCGUUUGCUCGAUCUGAUUCACCAUGCCCAAGCCACGAAGGGACUCGGACUUGCGUCCGAAAUGACAGGUGCAUCAUGGGCACUCUUCCACGGCCUCAAGGCUGUCUUUGUUCCGCAUCCCAUCUACGCAGAUGGUCAAUGGACGCCCCAGGAAUUGGCAAGGAUUUAUAACCCGGGCCCGCCAGAGAAUAUCAAUGGUGGGUCAGAUAGUAUCUGGAAUUUCGACCAUAUCUUCGACCACAUCACGUAUCGACUCUCAUACAUGUUCACAACUCACAGUGCGGAGAACCUGUACCGGCGGUGGUUGGGAUUCAGAACUGCAGAGCACGACGGUGGGAAGACUAUUUCCGAGGACCAGUUUGGUCGACAUUGCUUCCCGUCUAUCUUCUUGCAUACUAUCAAGAAUACGGCGCAAGGGAUGGGCCCAGACAGGGCUGUUCCUUAA